GCUACGUACGAUGAGGGCAGGGAAAGCACACAGCAUGGUUGGUGGGGGAGGAGAAACAAGUUAUGCCACCAAUUCCAGGCUUCAAGAGAAGGCUAUAUUGGAGACCAAGCCCAUCUUAGAGGAGGUAAUAGGAGAGAUUUGCAGGAGGACUCUCCUGCCGAAGAGUAUGGUCGCGGCCGACUUAGGUUGCUCGUCGGGCCCGAACACGCUUCUCGUGGUGUCGGAAGUGAUCAAAACAGUGGCCGACCAGUGCAAGAAGGCAGGACGCCCCCCGCCGGACCUCCAGUUCUUCUUGAACGACCUGCCGACAAACGAUUUUAACAACAUUUUUCGAUCUCUCGAGUGGUUUGAGCAGAAAAUGGAUAAGAAGACAUUCGUUCCUUACUACAUCGCAGGAUUGCCCGGCUCCUUCUAUGGCAGGCUUUUUCCGCCUCGAAGCGUCCACUUCUUUCACUCUUCGUAUUGUCUCAUGUGGCUCCGACAGAUUCUUGAAGGGCUUAAGAGCAAAACAGGCACUCUAUUAGACGAAGGAAACAUUUAUAUUGGAGAAACAAGUCCCCCUUGGGUGGUGAACUUAUAUGCACAAGAAUUCAAAAAUGGCUUCUCAAAUUUUCUCAAUUUUCGCCACGAAGAACUUGCCUCUGGAGGCCAAAUGGUGUUAACAUUUCUGGGGAGUGAGGAGAAGAAUCUGUCAAUUGGAGAUGAAAGAUAUAUUUGGGGAUUACUCCAAGAUGCGCUUCAUGACAUGGUCUCAGAGGGACUUGUGGAGAGGGAAAAGUUGUACUGCUUCAAAGUACCGAUGUAUACGCCUAGCAUGGCAGAAGUUAAGGAAGUGAUUCAGAAGGGAGGGCUAUUCGACAUCAGCCGAAUGCAGUAUUUCGAGUCGAAUUGGGACCCUUUCGACGAUUCGUGCGACGAUUUUGUGCUCGACAAUCUCCAAAGCGGCGCGAAUGUGGCCAAGUGUAUAAGAGCAGUGGCUGAGCCCCUAAUUAGUAGCCAUUUUGGGGAGGGCAUACUUGAUGAGUUGUUCUCAAGGUAUGCAAAUAACAUUGCAAGGCACCUCUUGAAAGGAAAAGCAAAGUAUCAUGUGUUAGUCUUUGCCUUGAAGAGGAAAGGAUGAUGCUCAAAAUACAAUCUUUAUGAUAGAAUUUUUGUACUUUUGUUUUGUAUAUCGUGAGAGACAGAGUUGAGCUUCUGUAUUUUUAAAAAUAUAGAAAUAUCUGCAGUGUGAUUUUUUAGCAGUCGAAUAUUCAAAUCGCCUCAAAAUCUAUACAGUAUUAAUAAAUGAGACUUAAUAGAACA